UUCAUACUAGCUAGUAACCAUGAAGUUGCUAAAGCUCUUCCUUGCCCUCUCAACAGUAGCUGCCGUUACAGCUUUGCAUUUAGACAGUUACAAUGAAAAUUCAAACAGGCAAAGUGAACUCUCGUUGUCCGAAAUCCAAGAUGUGACUUCCUUACGAGGGGUUGGUCGCGUCCUGGCUCAGCAAAACCUGAUAGCCAAUCUGACAUGCAACAAAUUCCCUCGAAUUUGUCGAGUGAAGACAAGUCCAGGACCAGAUUGCUGCAACAAGAAAUGUGUUAACGUGAAGAAGGACCGAUUGAACUGCGGUAUGUGUGGGCACAAGUGCAAGUACACUGAAAUAUGCUGCAAGGGUCAGUGUGUGAACGCGUCUUUCGAUAAAAGAAAUUGCGGUGGAUGCAACAAGAAGUGCAAGAAGGGCGAAUUUUGUGUUUAUGGGAUGUGUAGCUAUGCAUGAUUGCUUCACAAACUGUAUAAUUUUCUGUUGUAUACAUCUUCUUGUUUCUGCAAAAUUGAGUCUCUUGCUUGCUCCAAAGAGCAUUCGGGUGCAUGUGUUGGCUCAUUAAUGUAUGUCACAUCACCACAUUAUGAGAGCAUAGUUGUAAUCUUACCACCGAGUUUAAAUGAGCAAAAAGUUUACAGUAGCAUAACCUUGCAA